AUGUCCAGAGGGGAGGAAAGAGAGUCUCUGAGCGAGCGCUUACCGAUCCGACAAUCCGAUCCUGGGUACAACUACGGUUUACCUUUCCUUUGUGGUUUCCUCUUUCAAGUCCUCAAGGAUACCGACCCGAGCAAGCACGCCUACGACCUCGUCUAUCAGAAAAAACAACUUGGUACAGUCCAGUUUAAGCGUUUUAAGUAG